GAGCUCAGUCACUACCUCCCCACUGAGCCAGCUCCGCCAGGCAGGGAAGGAGGGAGUGGGACCCAUUGGGGAGUGCGGUGGGGAGGAGUCCUGGCUGGGCUGAGUGAGGGUUGCUGCUUGGCGGUGCCAGAGCCCAGGCCCCAGAGCCUCGCUGGAGAGCAGUUGAACCGAGGAGGCAGGGACAUUUGGAAACAAUUUAAGACUCAAGAAGUGUGUGCAGAAGCUGGGAGGGGGAGAAAGGCACUUAUCCAGAUGAAUCUCCAGAGAUGUCCAUUUGAUUUAAAAGAAGGAGAAGGCCCUUCGAGGAGUGAGGCAGUGAUGGCGGACUGCUACACAGAGCUGGAGAAGGCGGUUGUAGUUCUGGUGGAAAACUUCUACAAAUACGUGUCUAAGCACAGCCUGGUCAAGAACAAGAUCAGCAAGAGCAGCUUCCGAAAGAUGCUUCAGCACGAACUCAACCACAUGCUGACGGACACAGGGAACCGAAAAGCUGCUGACAAGCUCAUCCAGAACCUAGACGCCAACCACGAUGGACGCAUCAGCUUUGACGAGUACUGGACCUUGAUAGGAGGCAUCACCAGACCCAUUGCCAACCUCAUCCGCGAGCAGGAGCAGCAGAGCAGCAACUAAAGACCCCCCACCGUCCCCUCAUGGCACUGCCCCAAUGCCCGGCCCCUCGUGCUCUUCCCAGCCUCCUGCCCACCCAGGCCCUGCCCUCACUUCUCCCUCCAGACCUUCUGUUGAUCAUGCUGAACAGGGGGAGGGGGUGAUGUCAGGGCCUCUUUGUGAGCAUAUCUCAGUUUGGGGGUGCCUACCUCAGGGUCUCAGUCCCUGGAGCCAGCAGACGCUGGGCAUCCAGGCCCUCAGUGCUGUUUGGGGAACCCGAGAGUUUCCUCAGUCCAUCUACCCUGCCAACAUCUGAUGUUCCUGCCUAAUUCUGAGUCUCUCUUGACCUCUGGAGGUCAGCUUGCUGCUCCAGGUCUUCCUGCUCCUGGCAUAAGCACCAGAGACAUCUCCCCUUUCCCUCAGCCCCUGGGCUGGGGAAAGACUUUCAGGGACUGCCCUCCAGCUAGCUGCCUCUGGGUCUGGGAAGAGAUAAGCAGGGUUGAGCCUUCUCCCUCCUCCUCAGCCCCUGAAGCAUGGCAAUAAAGGCUGGAUUUGAAAUUUGUUUCCCCCUCA